AUGAAGAAAUCGUCUACCGUCUCGUUUGUUCUAGCAGAGAACCAGUACGGCGUGUCCUCCUCGGGGCAUAGACAGAUAGAACUGUUAUCAGUGUCCUCGUCUCAGGAUUGCAGUAUCCACAGCAAACAAUCUGCAGACUUCGAUUCAAAACAGACUACCAUUAGACCAACAAAACCCAGAUCAGGGCGCGUUUCAUCUGAAGAAAGAUCUACCAAUACUGCUAAACCCACCACAGAGUCCCUCAGGUCAGGUACUGCCAAAUCUUCCACUGAGGUACGCACAAGACGAAUUGUGGAAAAGAAUGGGUCUUGCAACGUGAAUUACAUCAACAUCCCAGAACGCAAUGCUAAGUUCGUGUCUGAUUUCUUCACGUCUGUGUUGGAUGUGCGAUGGCGCUACCUGGUGGCGUUGAUCUUCGCUGGGUUCGUGGCCAGCUGGCUCCUGUUUUCGGGUCUGUGGUUCGCGAUAGCCAAAUUUCACGGCGACUUUGACGACGUCAGUGCAAAUGCAUCCAAGCCUGUACCUUGUAUCUGGAACUGUGACGGGUUCGUGUCGGUGUUGCUGUUCUCCAUGGAGACACAGACAACGAUUGGUUAUGGCUAUCGAUAUGUCAGCGAGGAGUGUCCUCUGGGAGUACUUCUGUUGGCCGUCCAAUCUCUCGUGGGUACACUCAUACAAAUCCUCUUUGCUGGAACAAUUCUUAGUAAAAUCCAGGUACCAUGGAAAAGAUCGAAAACGAUCGCGUUUAGCAAACUGGCCUGCAUUUCUACCGUCCAAGGAGAAUUGUGCUUAAUGAUCCGAGUUGGCAACCUUCGUUUAUCGGAGAUAGUCGAGGCCAAUAUGAGAGCGUUGUUUGUCCUGCGAAAGGACGAGCUUGGAAAUAAAAUAUGGCCGUACAAUUUUCGUGAAAUGCGAAUGGGCACUCACGGUGAUAUCGAUUCUCGAUUGACACUAUGGUGGCCCGCAACCAUCUUCCACAAGAUCAACAAAUCGAGUCCACUGUUCCAGAUGUCAAGGGACGUCAUGCAGAAAUGCGAGUUUGAAAUAAUAGUCAUCAUGGAGGGAGUGGUUUCUUCCACAAGCCUCAAUUUCCAAGCACGGACGUCGUAUCUUCAGGAUGAAAUAGUGUGGGGUUAUGAGUUUGCGCAUACUUUCAAACAAGAUUCGUCGACGUCCAAAUUUCCCGUUGAUUUCCAGCAUUUUGACGAUGUUACAGCAGUGCAAGAUAUUUCAAAUAUGAGUGCAGAAACGCUUUCGAAAUUACCCAGAAGGCGACAAGUACCAGAUCAAAGAAGCUUCUGCUUGUUAGAAUAAAACACAUUGACGUAUCCAGGAUUUUAUACAGGGAAGGGGUAGGGGGAAACCACCAUCUAUGAAUAGUGUUAUGGGUAUCCAGAAAAAUAUAAAAUGUGGGGGACCCGCCAAGCCCACCCUACGCCAGUGAUAAAACAUGACAAAUCAUUCCUUUGGAUAAUGAUCCUUAAUAUUUACGAGGGGCAUGAUGUAGCCCAGUGGUAAAGUGCGUGGUAUGUGCUAUCCUGUCUGUGGGAUGGUGCAUAUAAAAGAUUUGCUACUAAUGGAAAAAUGUAGCGGGUUUUCUCUCUAAGUCUAUACGUCAAAGAUUACCAAAUGUUUGGCACUCAAUAACCGAUGAUUAAUAAAUCAAUGAUUGUGCUCUAGUGGUGUCGUUAAACUUUACCUUUAAUCUCUACGAUGGCUAAAUACGCAACUCUGAAAUAAAAUAUUAUGUACUGUUUAUCGGGGGAUUUAGUAUGUAUAAACAUUGUUAUAAUAUGUAAGUGUCCUCAACAAUUAUUAUAUUUCAAACUUUGUACAAAUAUAUUUUAAGUGUUUGUAUAGAAAUCAGUGUUUAAAAAACAUUAAAAUUAAUUCUGGGUCGAAUUUAAGGUAACACCAUUACAUCGACUUCUAUCUCUCACCAGCCAAAAGACGAACAGAAUGAAUGAAUGUUUAACGACACCCUAGCACGGCUCACUAACUUCUAACAUAUCAUCUGCGACA